CUUCGGUGCCUGGUCAUGGACGGACGAAACAAUCGGAGAGCAUGAUUCUGAGUUCUUAUAACUCGAGAUUCUUCAUUUUUGAUGCUCUACAACACUCACAAUCACAAUAUAUAUCCUAAACAGACAGCACGUAAUUCAGACCCAAGAUGACAAUGACGACGGAUUCGCGGAACCACAUGUACGACGACGACCAACAUUCCACCUCCACCUCCGCAUUUUCCGCAUCUGGCAACGUCAGCGUGCCCCAAACGUCCGCAAAAGAUGAUAAGACCUACGCUGGCGCGUUCCGCAGAGCAUUCGCCAGUCUCCGCUUCUCCAGGAAGGAAAGCAGCAGCAGCAGUACUGCCAGCAAGCGGAUCUUCGAACCGCUACCUCCACCGUCCCAAUCACGCCUCGAUGCCUCGCUGAGCGAGGAAGCAAUCGACGUAGCCACUUUCAAUCAAACUCUGCAAGAUCAGGCCCCUCAGGAGAAGGAGAAGACGGUCCUUUACCUAGCCUACGGCUCGAAUCUCUGCAAUGAAACCUUCCGAGGCGUGCGAGGGAUACGUCCUCUCUCGCAGGUCAACGUGGUCGUACCCUCCCUGAAAUUGACCUUUGACCUUCCGGGAGUCCCAUACAUGGAGCCCUGUUUCGCAAACUGCAUGCCACGGACGCCUCCGUCCGAUUCCUCCCAUAGCGAAGAUGCCGACGACGGCAACGACGGCCAACAUGAACAUAUCCCACCCUACCACAAAGACCGCUGGACAAAAGGCAUGGUCGGCUGCGUCUACGAAGUCACCCUCCGGGACUUUGCAACCAUAAUCGCGACCGAAGGCGGCGGCUCCUCCUACCAAGACGUCCUCACCCUCUGCUACCCAAUUCCCAGCGACAGCACCACCGUCCCCACCUCACCGCAGACCCAGCCCUUCAAAGCGCACACGCUCUUCUCGCCCCGAAAACCCAUCUCCCGUCCCGAUCCCGCGUACGCCCAAGCAUCCGCCCGCUACCUCAACCUCCUCACCUCCGGCGCGCUCGAACUGCGCCUCCCGUCCGACUACCAAGCCUACCUCGAGCAGAUCCGGCCCUACACCAUCACCACCCUCCGCCAGAAAGUAGGCAAGGGCGUCUUCAUCACCGUCUGGGCGCCGUUCCUGCUGUUCGUGUUACAACUGAACAAGGUGUUUCAGGAUGAAAAGGGCAGGGCGCCGGCGUGGUUGACUUGGUUGAGCGGGGCGGUAUUUGGGGCUAUGUGGACGGCUUAUGAUGGAGGGUUUAAGGCGGUUUUCGGGGAUGGAGAGAGGACGGAGGGGUUGGAUGACGAAAACAAGAGCACGAGCAAGAGUGAGAGCGCAUCGACGGGCGCAACGAGGAAGAGAAGGGCGAGUUUGGUGGGGAACACUGGGACUGGCAGAGACGAGGAGAAGGCGCUGUUGGGGAAUGGACAAGACGAAGAUGAUACCGCGUGAGGAUGAUAAUGAUGAUGACGAUGACGAUAGACCUACUUGGUUUAUAUAUACACAUAAACGUGCACGUACAUAGCGAUAUAUAUCUCUCCAAAUGUUUCGGUCCUAUUCUCUUAGAUGUAAUAGACCGAUUCCCAGCUCAG